CAUCUCAGCACACAGCACAACCAAGCCACCAGGUUUCCCCUGGUGCACACACACAUACACCUACACACACACACACACACACACACACACACACACACACACACACACACACACACACACACACACACACACACACACACACACACACACACACACACACACACACAAAACAAACACUGUCUGCGACAUCCUCGGACGACAGCAACUAAAACUGGCCCAAGAAGCCCUUGGACUGCCACCCAGGAUGAGGGUGCUGUCAAGGUACCAUUGCAGAGAGACAGGAUUGGUCCUGCUGGGGUUUUUGAUGCUCUCCGUCUCCGUGGGCAACCUUUCCAGCAGAGGAUUACAGGAGGAGGGCACGGCCUCUAACAGUCUGGAGGAGGGGCUAGGUGUGACCACCUGGUGGGGGGAGUGGGCCAAGUGGAGCGCCUGCACGCGGACCUGCGGGGGCGGGGUCAUGUCCCAGGAGCGCCACUGUCUGCGGCAGAGGAAAAAAGUUUCUGCUGGGAAAGACAACAUGACCUGUACUGGUACAGCCAAACAGUACCACCUCUGUAACACCAAGGAAUGUCCCCCAGCUGGAAGGAGCUUCAGAGAGGAGCAGUGUUGGUCCUUCACUUCCCAACUGUACGGGGGGCGUAGCUACCAGUGGAAGCCCCUGUAUCCUGAUGACUAUGUCCACAUCUCAAGUAACCCGUGUGAUCUGCAUUGCACCACGGUUGACAGCCAGAGGCAGCUGAUGGUGGAAGCACGCGACGGAACCUCCUGCAAGUACAGCAGCUACCGCGGCGUCUGCGUGGAUGGGAAGUGUGAGCCAAUUGGGUGCGAUGGCGUGCUGUUCUCACCGAACGUCCUGGAUAAGUGUGGUGUGUGUCAGGGGGACGGCAGCAGCUGCUCCAGAAUCACUGGAAAUUUCCGCCGCGGUACAACCACCCUGGGUUACUCAUUCAUUACCCAGAUCCCUGAAGGAUCAUGGAAUAUCCAGAUCAUCGAGAGGAAGAAGUCUGCUGAUGUUUUAGCGGUGACCGACCAGGCAGGCAACUUCUUCUUCAACGGGGGUUACCGCGUCGACAGCCCCCAGAACUUUCACGCUGCCGGCACCAUCUUCAAGUACCGCCGGCCCACUGAUGUCUUUGAGACCGGGAUCGAGUACAUCGUUGCCAAGGGCCCCGUCGACCAGCCCAUCAACAUACUGUUGUGGAACCAGAAUGGUCGUGUCCCAUACAUCACCUAUGAAUACACCAUCCUGCUCCACGCCAUCUCCCCUGUAGCUCCACCCCCUCUCUACACCGGCACAGAAUCCUCAGCAGGGGGGCUCUCUGUGGAGCUGGGGGGCCUCCAGGGGCCCAAUGGCAGCCUCUUCCAUCAGGGGUCUCAACUAAGCCAGACCGGCCCUAGGGCCCCUGGGCGAGCCAAGGGCCCUAAUGGGGAGGAGACUAACGAGGUGUAUGAAGAGACAACGGGGGGCGUGGCCUGUGAGCCAGACGGAUCCGCCGCGGCACCGUGUGCAGAGGUGAACAGCAGCUUGUCUGCUCUCACGGUACCAGACUCCCAGAACCUCAUCUGGAGGGUCCUGUUGGGGGACAGGAUGGGUGCAGAUGAGCUGCUUAUCAACAUCUCCACCAAUCAGCUGCUGGCGGAGGGGGAGGAGGCGGGGCUAGUGGAGCUGGAGCAGCGGGAAAGUUUCAACGAGACCCAGGAAUUCUCCAUUGGCCGCAAGCGAAACGACAGUGAAGGCCACACCCCCAACAGAACUCUGGGAGGACAGAGGAUCCACCGAAACAACAGGACCAGGGGUAACCAGAAGAACCUGAAGCUGAGUCCGGCUGAUAUGUACCGUUGGAAGCUCUCCUCCCAGGAACCCUGCACUAUGACCUGUUCUAUAGGUGUUAGCAGGGCAUUAGCCAUGUGUGUGCGGUACGACGGUACAGAGGUGGAUGACGUUUACUGCGACGCAGUGACCCGACCCCAACCCGUCCACGACUUCUGCAUCGCCAGGGAAUGUCAACCCCGAUGGGAGGCCAGCACCUGGAGUGAGUGUUCGCGAACGUGUGGCGAGGGCUUCCAGUUCCGGCUGGUUCGAUGCUGGAGGAUGCUGUCCCCUGGGCUGGACAGCUCUGUGUACAGCGACCUCUGCACCCUCGCUGAGCUGGAGAGACCCCCGGAGAGACGGCCUUGCAAGAGCCCUGCCUGUGGGGCACAGUGGGAGGUGGCAGAAUGGGCAGAGUGUCCCGCCAAGUGUGGCCACCGGGCCAAAGUCGACCGAGAGGUCCGUUGUUCUUACGAGGACGGACCAUGCGACCCCACGACCAAACCCCCCCACACCAAGAACUGCACAGGACCGCCCUGUGAGCGUCAGUGGACCAUGUCUGAAUGGGGACCCUGUUCAGGGUCGUGUGGUCAAGGCAGGAUGACCCGCCACGUGUACUGCAAGACUCCGCAGGGUCGCGUGGUGCCCGAGGCCCAGUGCUCCCAGGAAGACAAGCCCCUUGCAGUGCACCCUUGUGGGGAGAGGGAUUGCAGACCUCACUGGCUCAACCAGGACUGGGACAGGUGUAACACAACAUGUGGUCGUGGGGUGAAGAGACGCGUGGUGCUUUGCGCCGGCAUCACAAGCGGAAAGUUCCAGAUGUUUGAAGACGAGGCGUGCAGCGACAGCGAGAAGCCGGAGGAGGAGGACACCUGUUUUGAGAGGCCAUGUUUCAAAUGGUACACUACUCCUUGGUCGGAGUGCACCAAGACGUGCGGGGUGGGCGUCCGGAUGCGGGACGUGAAAUGUUACCAGGGAAGGGAGCUGGUGAGGGGCUGCGACCCCAUGACCAAACCUGUGGCCAAACAGACCUGUGCCCUCCAACCCUGCCCCACAGAACCCCCAGACGAGAGCUGCCAGGACCGACCCACCACCAACUGUACCCUAGCUCUCAAGGUCAACCUGUGCAGCCACUGGUACUAUAGCAAGGCCUGCUGCCACUCCUGUCGACCCAUACGCCUUCAUUAAGCUUUCUAGACCUGGACAAGCCCACAACCACCACCAGAAUUGGAACCAAGACCACAACCAUGCACAUAUGGGACAAAUACAAACUCUUCAAGAUGUCAGGUUUAGAACGUAACAGUCAUGUCGAGGUUUGGCUCCUCCAGAACAAUGAAUCAAUGCAGCACUCAAUCUUUGGUAAUGAAACAAUUGGUGGACCUUUUUUUUUAGCUGCCCCAUUCCCAUGAAUGUCCGAGUAUUGUUAGGUUAGCUAAGUUUACAUAAGUCGUCCUAGUUGAUUAGCUAGGUUAACUAGUAUCUUGGUUACCUUGGAUCAUUAGGGAGCUAGGUCGGCUUUGUUCAUUAGGUAAGCUCAAUCAGCUAGGUUCACUCGUAGCUAGGUUAGCUUUCAUAAGGUUCAUGUUGUUUAGUUGGUUUGGUUAAGGUUGAUGGAUAGAUAGGCUAACUUGGUUCAUUUGUUACAGGUCACAUGCGCAGAAUAAUUCUCUGAGGAUCUUCUUACCGUUUUAAGUGUAAGAGCUGAUUCAUAUCUUCAAAACAUUAAAAUAACUUAACUUACUGCUGCACACUGAUGCAUUAAAUUAUUUCUUAAUGAUUUGUUGAUGGCUAUUAUUUAAUUAUAUUUUAAAGCAGUCAGUGGCACAAACAAACAAUAUUAUCCUUAAUAUCAUAUAGCGAUAUUCAUAUUAAUAUAUCAUAUUAAUAUCAUAUAGCGAUAUCCCUAUAUUAAAUAGGGUACCGUGUUAUUAUGGUACCCGUGUCUGAUAAUUUUUUAAGUGUUCAUCAAAGUGAUUCGAAAUAACUUGAGGAUUUGUAUUUAAGUGAUGACUAAAGUACAACUCUUAACUUUUUAAGGCUAAGAGUAAGUAACUAAGAGUGCUGAAAAUUAGUUGACUAAAAGCUUUUUUCACAUGUUCAAUAUUUUAACUUUUCAGUUUGAAAUUGACGACAACAGGAUAUCAUCCAGGCUUUGACUAGCAAAACUCUUAGUUCAACCCUAGGUUAAUGUAUUAUAGCUAAGAGAUUAACAUAAAGGAUGCAUACUUUUACUUUUGAUGCUUAAUUGUGUUUUAUACUAGGUAAAAGAUAACAGUUUAAGAUAACAGUAACUAUUUAAAGCAGAAUGUUGUUAGAAGUAGGGUGGAUAUUUUUAUUUUGACUUGAAGGAAAUCAGUUACUGAGUAAAGGACAUAAGUAUGUUUGCCUGGAUCGUCACACUUGAAGUACGAUUGAAGUAUAUAUUAAAUGUGUAUGUUAUAUAACUAUUGUUUACUGUAUUUCAUAUUACCUGAUACCUCUUUGUACAAAAAGUAAAAAAAAUGGUACUGUUGAAGGGAAAUUAAGUCUUGCAUUUCAAAUAAAACUUGUAAACAAACAUUUAACUCCUUUCUUUACAAACAACACUAUAUUUCACUAUGUAUCUUUA